CCGCAACGCACGCACGUGCCCCCGCGUACUUCGGAUUGUUGUGUCGGGAUGCUGGGACACCGAUGAGAUGUGGUCCGUAGUUGAGAGCGGCGGCGCGGGUCGGGCGGCGCCUUGCGCGCGCGCCAAGCACUCAGCGACGCUGCUGGGCGAACACGUGUACGUACUGGGCGGGCGAGGCGCGGGCGGCUCUGUACCGCUGCGGGACUUCUGGCGGUAUAGUCUAGCGAGCGGUAUCUGGGAGCGGCUGGGCGCGCGGGGGGAACCGCCACCGUCGCUGCAGGAGCACAGCGCGACAGCGCACGGCACCCGCCUCUACGUGUUCGGCGGCGAGGCAGGCGCGCUAUCCGCUGAGACGCCACUCUGGAUCUACGAUACGCAGACAGAGGAAUGGCGCAAGCUACCAGGCCAGACGACGUUAUCAGCUCGGGGGCGGCGGGGGGCAAAGGAGCGGGCUGGGCUGAGCCCCAAGGGGCGGCGCGGGCACUCGGCGCACGGGCUGCGCGACUGCCUGCUCAUCUACGGCGGCUAUAAGGAUCUGCGCGGCUCCACUAAUGAGCUGUGGGCGUUUCACUACGAGUCGGAGUCAUGGCAGCUGGUGCGCACGGCGAACGCGGGGCCGGCGCGCCACCGCCACGCUGCGGCGCUGCUCGGCGCGCGCCUCUACGUGCACGGCGGACAACACGACUUGCGCGCCUCCGCUGAUCUGUGGCACUAUGACACUGAAACGCGUGUGUGGACGCAAGUGCGUCCUGGCGGGCGCGGCGCUCGCGGGGCGUGGCCGAGCGCGCGGUGCGGGCACGCGGGGCUGCGCGCCGGCGCACACCUCUACAUCUUCGGCGGCGAGAGCGAUGGCCGCCCCUGCCGCGAGCUGUGGCGCUUCCACUUCGCGACGGAGACGUGGGAGCAGAUGGAGUACGCGCCGCAGUGGCCGUCGGCGCGCGUGGACGGCUGCGCCCUGCUGGUGGGCGGAGGGGGGCGGGGGGAGUCCGCGCCCGCGCCCGCCCGCCCGCCGCGCCCUGAGCCGCCCGCCGGCUUCCUGCGCGAGAUCUCCAAGCUGUCGAGCUUCCGGCGGCGCGGCACGCGGUGCGCAUACAGCGUGCUGGCGCCCGAGCGCGACUCCACUGAGAGCCUCGAGCGCUCGGCGCUGGCCAAGUCGCGGUCGGCGCACGCCAUCGACGCGACGCGCUGCGACGUGGCGCGCGACCGCACCUCGGUGCCGGACUUCGCGGACGUCGCGCUGCCGACGCCGGUGCUGACGCCGGCGGAGGCGGCGCGUCUCGUGUACCUGGACUCGGAGGAGGAGGAGGAGCUGCGGCGGACGCGCGCGGUGCGCUUCACGCCGGCGGCCGGCGAGGAGGACACGUCGGACUACGCAAGCGCCGAGCGCGUGUUCCGGCCGGCGUCCGGCUUCAGCAACCCGCACUACCUGGGCCCCGACGUGGAGGGGCUGGGCGCGGCGCUGACGCCGGACUCGGGCAACGGCGACAUCGAGCUGCGGGAGCUGCGCGGCGGGCGGGCGGCGGGGGGCGGGGGCAGGCUGCACCUGCUGCUGGUGGGCGGGAAGGAGCCGCCGCACGUGGCGCUGCUGCAGAGCCCGCUGUCGCUGUGGACCUACCGCCUGCUGUAGCCGCCCGACACCAGUAACACUAGUGACUAGGACUAGCGUCCGACACGGUGCCGUGUUUCAGUGCAGUACACUCACGGAGCGACCCCACCGACUAACGUAGUUCUGUAGGAGUACGGUAUGUUUCUGACCGUCGUGGAAAUAAGAGGAACAGUAGCGUUACUGUUAUGUUCAAAAUUAACGGAACUAGUGUUCUGUAGAUAUUAAUUCGUCCUUUGGAGCUCAAAAUUAAAAAAUUGAUUCCCUCCAAGUUGCGACUAUCGCGAUAAAUCUCUUCAGCGUUUCUAUGAGGUAUAGAAAACACAUUUUAUACAAUUAAAACUAUCUGACCUUGCGUAAAAGUUGACAAUUAUUAAGCGAAACCGUAUUUCAGAAACAUUUGAACAAUUUAUGAAGAAAUUAGGAUCUAACUCGGCUCGAUUUGACGAAAGAAGAAGAAAGAAGUUGGUAAUAUUUUCUCUGAAAUACGAGCAAUAGCCUUCCUUGGUAAUUGGUAUCGUCACUUCCUUUGUGUUAAAAUAGUAUAAAGAAAAAUGUUCUUUUUGAUUAUACUAUCAGAGAAUUUGAUUCAAAUGCAGAUGCUGGACCUAUCGCCUAUGUUAUUUGGUCGCAUUAUGUCCAACCCAUAUCCGACAGAUCAUAACUAACUAAUCCGACCAAACGACGUAGGUCUGCCAACUACCUAUGAAUCAA